CCAAAAUGCGACGUCCGCUCUCGCCGACUCUGGCCAAGUUGGCCGAAAAGGAGGUCAACGAGACGCCCGACCGCAUCCAGCAGGACAUCAUCAUCCUGCGCGUCUGGAUUCGCCAGCAACCGCAUCUGCGCGCCCGCACGGAUGUUGACUUCCUGAUUUCCUUCCUGCGAAGGUGCCGCUAUAGUCUGGAGGAGACCAAGCGUCGGAUAGAUAGGUACUUCACGCACUACAACCUCUUUCCGGAGAUUAUGAACAAUCGAUGUGUGACGCAACGUCUGCUGGACAUCAAUCGUUUGGGAGUCUGCCUUUAUCCCGACAUGCCCAAGGGCGAUAGUCGCACGGCCAUGUUUAUAGCCCGUUUUGGCCAUUUCGACCCCAAUCUGUACAUGCUUCGUGAGAUCUACCAUUUCUCCUCAAUGGCCAUGGAGGUGAUUUCUCUGGAAAACGACUAUGCCUCCCUGGCGGGGAUUUGUGAGAUUAUCGACCUGGAGGGAGUCAACUCAGACAAGAUGCGCCGUUUCGACCGAGUUCUCUUCCGCAAGUGGUGGAACUGGCUCUACGCCUGCAGUCCCCUAAAGGUCAAGGAAAUGUAUAUUAUUAACAUGCCCAAGGAUAUACAGGGUACCAUCAUGUUUCUAUAUAAUUUGCUAAGCAUGCAAGUCGAUCAUCCGAUACGAGUCCUUAAGAACACCGAGGAGUUGAUAGAGCACAUUGGCAAGGACUCACUGCCGGAGGAGUAUGGUGGCACCAAUGGCCACAUCGGCGAGUGCAUCGCCUACAUGGAGGACCUGCUGAACAGCUACAGAGGAUACUUCGAGCAGGACUGUAACUACGGGACGAUUGAGGAGCUCCGCCAGGGGGAGAUUGCCAUCUACGAGGCUGAAUUCGGCGCCAGCGGAUCCUUCCGCAGGCUCAACUGGGACUAGACCCGGAAGUAAAUGCAAAUAUGAUACCCUCUGUUGCCCCAUUUGUUUUUAUAUCCCUACAUAAA